AAAGAAAGUUUGACUAGGGGGGUGGUGGUGAAGAAGACACAAGAUGGUUUGGGUAUAUAAAUAAAAUAAGGGGGAGAAAAGGUAAGCAAGCAGUUUGCUUGUACGUUUGGACGAGAUCAUAAAAUUCUCAAGCGCUGCGUUUGGAUCGAUCGGAAAGUUUCUUCUGCUACUCUCCAUUCCAUUGUAUUCGAAUAUGAACUGCGAAGUUUGUCAGCUGAAGGAACUGGAAGUGGAAUCAUUCGAGAUACGAGAGGUUCUACGCUGUGAGUAUUUUGAUAGAUCAUAGGCUAGCCUUCUUUCUUUUGUGAAGUAGGUUUUGUGAGAUUUUAGGUUAAUGAUGAGAUCAUUUUUGUAUGCAACUUAUUUUUGAUGGAUGGAGGGCUUCCACAGAGCACUUGGUCUUAUCCGCCCUAAAUAUUUUGAUUUGGAGCUUUUUGACAUCACUUACGUACAAUGUGGUGAAAUACAAGUGGAAAAGAAAAUUGAUGACAGGAUUGAGCAUUUCAUUACCUGGAUUCAUAAACACCCCAACAAAAAGAUUGUCGUAGGAAACUGCUUGAGCAAUCCCUUCAACAAGUCCUUUUCCAAAUCAUUAAAUUCGUUAAUGACAAAAAGGAUCAUGUUCCUCCUCCUUGAAAUCUAUUUCCCUUUUGAGAUCACUAUCACAACUCACAAGCUCAUCGGAUUCAACCGUUGGGAAGGAUAUGUGGAAGAGGAUACUCCAAAGUGGCCAUCCAUCCAUGAUCAGUUGAUGAUUCACAAAUAUAUAUACUCCAAAGUGGCCAUCCAUCCAUGAUCAGUAAUGUUUACUCCAAAAUCAACGGACUUUCCUUCUUGCAUUUUCUUUUGCCUCUUCCUUGGUUGAUGGGAUCUUUAUCUAUGUUAAAAUACUGUAAAUAAGUGUUCCUUUUGUUUCUAAUAAGUUGGGAUUAACAUUAGUGUCAAAUCAAGCAAACAAACAAACAAACGUUUCUCUGA